CGAAAGUGAAAGUGCGUGCCCCUUUAAGGAAAGCAAAGUUUCGACGCUAUCCCCUAUAUGUUAUGUUAUGUUAUUUUCUUUUUUUGUGUAUAGGAACGAAAAAUCGACAUUCUUUUGACCGCGGUAACAAUGAAAGAUUAACAUGAUGUGUGGACAUAUCGUGACGCAGCAGAUGCUACUGUAGGCCUGUACUGUAUGCAGACAUGUACUGUAUGAGACGAGCCGCUUGAUUUAGAAUUAAUCAGUUUGCACAAGACAAAGAUGGCAACUGCAAGCAGCAAUGAGUUUCAGCUUGUUGUCCCUGAAACAGCUCAGAUAACUAGAGUUAAAAGAAGGGCUGAAUUGACUAUACCAUGUCACCUGUCUCCUGAAAACAGUGCUGUCGACAUGGAGAUCAGAUGGUUUAAGGAGACAGACUGUGUGUGCAUCUAUAAGAACAGAGAGAUGAUUGAGGGGAGAAGAUAUGAGGGCAGAGUGAAUCUGAUCACUGAGAAGCUGGAGAAAGGAGAUGUUUCCUUAUCACUGAAAGACUUCAGAGAGUCAGAUCUGGGAGAUUAUGUGUGUCAGGUCACCAGUGGAGUCAAAACAGAGGAGAUAACAGUAACAUUUUCCAGGUUCUUUGGAAGUGCAUAUUUAAUGACAGAGAAAGUAAACAGAACAUGGACUGAAGAGGAGAGAUUAAAAAUGGAGGACUCUGCUCUAAUAGCAGAGUUUGAAAAAAACAAGAAUCCUGGAGAUUUUAAAAGACUUCUCACAGAAAGAAACAAACUCAUACAGGAGAAAGAGAAUAUUCUUUUAGAGAGCAAACAGACACUUCAAAUGAAGGACAUGGCGUUAGAGGAAAAGGAAAGACAUCUUAAAGACAUGGAUGAUAAACUGCAACAAACAAUCAAAGAAUUUGAGAAGACACAGAGUCAGCUUGAGGAGAAAGAGACACAAAUGGACAAUAUGAACAAACUGAUGAGUGAGAAAGAGAGACUGCUGGAGAACACAGUCAAAGAACUGGAAACCAGUAAACAUCAACUGGAGACACAGAGAAAUGAACUACAGGAGAUGAAGACACAACUGGAUGAACAGAAAACUAAAUUCACUCAUCAGGAGAAAACACUACAAGAACACAAACAACAGCAGCAACAAUCUGAUCAAGAAAACAAAAAUCUGCAUUCUGAACUAGAACGACUGAAAAGAGAAUCAUCUACACAUUUAUCUGAGUUGAAUGAAAAAUGCAAAUUUUUGGAAGAUAUGGAGAAACUUCUAGGUGAAAGAGACGCACACAUUAAAGAUCUUGAGAAAAGCAAAGAAACAGCUUUAGAGGAAAAGGACAAACUUCUAAAUAAAUCAAAUGAUAAACUAUUACAAACAACCAGAGAGAUUGAGGAAAAACAAACAGAAAUUGAAGAGAAAAAUAAACUGAUGAGUGAGAAAGAGAGACUGCUGGAAAACACAGUCAAAGAACUGGAAACCAGCAAACAUCAACUGGAGACACUGAGAAAUGAACUACAGGAGAUGAAGACACAACUGGAUGAACAGAAAACUAAAUUCACUCAUCAAGAGAAAACACUGCAAGAACACAAACAACAACAGAAACAAUCUGAUCAAGAAAACAAAAAUCUGCAUUCUGAGCUAGAUCGACUGAAAAGCGAGUCAUCUACACAUUUAUCUGAGUUGAAUGAAAAAUGCAAAUGUUUGGAGGAUAUGGAGAAACUUCUAGAUGAAAGAGAGGCACAAAUUAAAGAUCUCGAGAAAAGCAAAGAAACGGCUUUAGAGGAAAAGGACAAACUUCUAAAUAAAUCAAAUGAUAAACUAUUACAAACAACCAGAGAGAUUGGGGAAAAACAAACAGAGAUUGAAGAGAAAAAUAAACUGAUGAUUGAGAAAGAGAGACUGCUGGAGAACACAGUCAAAGAACUGGAAACCAGUAAACAUCAACUGGAGACACUGAGAAAUGAACUACAGGAAAAUAAAAACCAACUACAACUACUGCUGGAGGAAAACAAACUACUGAAGAGUUCUGAAGCGUCAGUCUCAACAGCACCAGUAAGACGACGACACAGUAAGGAGUUUGAUCCUCCAAAGAUGUCAGCACCAGUAAAAAGAAGAACGAGUUUUGAUUUGGAUCUUCCAAACAUGAGUGGAGAAACAGCUUCAGUGUUGGUUUCUGGAUCAGAGCUCAGGUUGGUUCUGCUGGGGAGUGCUGGAUCUGAGAAGAGUGCAUCAGUAAACAUCAUCCUGAACAGAGAGGAGAAGAUCCAGACUGAUACAUCAACAGAGAUCCAGCAGAGUGAGAGCAGACAGGGGGAGGUGAAUGGGAAGCAGGUGACUGUGGUGGAAACUCCUGACUGGUUUUGCUCUGGUCUCUCUCUGGAGGAGGUGAGAGAGGAUGUGAAACUCUGUGUCCAUCUGUCUGCUCCAGGACCUCACGCCUUUCUCCUGGUCAUACCAGUACAACAAUCUACUGGAGUAGAGAGAGCAAUGCUGGAGAAAAUGGAGGAGAUUUGGGGGGAUCGGUGUUGGAGGAACACCAUGAUCCUUUUUACUGUUACUGAUGAAGAACAAAAGAAGAACAUUGAGGAUUUUGUCCAGUCAGGGAAUCAGGAGGUCCAGAGACUUGUAGAGAAAUGUGGGAACAGGUUUCACUGUCUCAACAUUCAUCAAAGUGGAGAUGAUUCACAGAUCUCAGAGCUGCUGGAGAAGAUUGAGAAGAUGAUGGAAGGAAACACAGAGAGAUUUUACAGCAGUGAGAUCUACCUGGAGAUUGAGUCUCAGAUCAGAGUGAUGGAGAAAAAUAUCAUAAGAGACAGAGAGGAAAGAAAAGAAAAGGAGGAGAGAGAGAUAAAAGAAAAAAUAGAAAUGGAGGUGCAGAGGUCCCUGAGAAAGAUAGAGGGAGCGAUUGAGGAACAUGAAGGAGAUAUUCAACACCUUUCUAAGAGAACAGAUGAACUAGAGAGACAGAUGAGAGAAGAAAAAGAUGAAGAGAAGAAGAAAGAACUAAAGAGAGAGUUGGAAAAAGAGAUGGAGAAGAGAACAAAGCUGGAGAAAAAGAUUAACAAACUGAAAGAUCAGAGAGAGAGAGAAAAGAUUGAGAUGGAGGAGAAACACAGACAGGAGAUGGAGGAGAUGAGGCAGAUGUAUGAAGGAGAGAUCAGGGUGGAGACAGAGAGAAACCUCAUGAAGAUCAUCCUACCUGAACUCAAGAGAAACAUUUUGGAAUCAAAGUCAAAGAUGCAGGAGGAGUUUAACAAACAGAUGGAUGAGAAGAACAGAGAGAUAGAGACACUAAAAAAUCACUUCUCAGAACUCAAGGAGGAGUACUCCUCACUGUGUGAGUUUCAUGAAUCAGCAAUAGAGAUCCUAAAAACCUCCUAAAAUCCUUUAAAAAAGGAAAAUGAUAGUGUGAUCAAAAUGAGUUAACUCAUCCAAAUCACAUUUUAAUGAGCCUGACAAAAACUCCUUUGAAAAGACUUUAUAAGUGCAUCAUAUAGGGAGAUAUUGUGGAGCACAAUGAGUGAAAUAGUCUGAAAUAAUAAUGGUGCUUAAGAAAUUGGUCAUUCUUCACUGUAAAUAAAUACACAAAGGUACAUUUACUGAUCUAUUGCAAUGAAAUGAGAUUUAUUGUAUAAUUGAUUUUACAGCUGAUUGUAUUUAAAUUUUUGUUAAUUUUUAAUUAAUUAAAUUUUUAUACCACA